AUAAGCACCUAUAAUAUAGCUCACAUCAAAUGCAUAUUGUACUCGUUCGUUGUCUACAGCAGAAGAGUUAGCCGUUCCAAGUGACUGCGGGAGACRGGAAACGGAUUUCACCGAGCAAAGGACUACCAAUUAUAGCCAAAGGAGCAGACCCGAGGACAGCAGUGAAAAGUCGUGUUAAAUCAUAAGAAUUAAUAACAUACACGUGUGAAAAUGUAUUUAACUGAAUUUACUGCAGUAUGUUUAAUCGUUUGUUCGUUGCUAAGUCCAACCGUCUAUUCUAAGGAAAUCAAUCGAAUGGAUGAAAACGAGGACGACUGUUCGCUAUGGGUGGCCGAAAAAGACCAACCUAAAAUGCCCAUACCGUUCAUGACGAACGGCAAACACUACUCGAUCAUCUAUCCGAACGCGAAGGGCAGGCUGGACGUGGGCAGAGGGCGCAGUUUCAUGUUGUCGUGCGCCACCUCCAAUUUCGCGGCCAGCGAACUGCGGAAUGGCGAUUUCUCCGAUGUGUUGGUCACGUGCGUCGGCGGCGACGUGCUCAUGUACAAGGGCCAUACGUACCGGUACGCGUACUUCCAGUGCGACGACAUGCCCAAGUCGGAGCUCCGAGUCACCGACGAAAAAUGCCAGCCGGCCAACUACACCGUGGCCGUGGUCGGUUUCCGGACGGAUUUCGCGUUCCUCCGGCUGUACGGCAUAUGCUUCGACAAGUCGACCAAGAACAGCCUGUACACUUGGUAUGACGCCCGUUCGCCGUACUACGACAACCAUCAGAUAUACAGCAAGCGACCGUCUUUCAGCAAAUCCAGAGAGCUGUACGGCAACACGGACGUGAACAAGAAAUACACUUUCAAAGAACAGAAACAAACGGUGGCGAAAAUACUCAGAUCGAACGAACUUGCGGAUAAGUACAUCAAAAAUGAUAGCAAACACUCGCUGUCCCGGGGCCAUUACGCAGCCAAGGCUGACUUCUUCUUUGAUUACGAACAGAUUGCAACGUAA